AAUCUUUCCAUUGUUGGUCUGUCUAAAACUCCCAAAUUUCCAAUCUUUCACUAGUUGGUCUCUUCAAAACUCCCAAAUUUUGAAUCUUUCACUUGUUGGUAUUUCUUGUUUUAGUCCAAAACACCCAAAUCUUGAAUCUUUCUAGAAAAAAAAAAGAAUGGUGCGUUGUAGCAACAAUUUAGUUGGGAUUCUAAAUAUAGUAACUUUACUCUUAUCAAUACCAAUUAUAGGUGGUGGUAUAUGGUUAUCAAGACAAGCAAAUACAGAAUGUGAAAGGUUUCUUGAAAAACCAGUAAUAGCAUUAGGUGUAUUUAUAUUACUAGUUUCAUUAGCUGGUAUAAUUGGUUCUUGUUGUAGAGUAACAUGGUUACUUUGGGUUUACUUACUUGUUAUGUUCUUAUUAAUUUUGUUGCUCUUUUGCUUUACUAUAUUUGCAUUUGUGGUUACUAAUAAAGGUGCUGGUGAGAAAAUUGGUGGUAAAGGGUAUAAAGAGUAUAGAUUUGGAGAUUAUAGUAAUUGGUUACAAAAAAGAGUUGAUAAGCAUUGGAAUAGGAUACAUAGUUGUUUGCAGGAUAGUAAGAUUUGUACAAGUUUGAUUCAAGAGAGUAAUACUAAAGCUGAUGAUUUCUUCAAGAAGCAUCUCUCUGCUCUUCAGUCUGGUUGCUGCAAGCCAUCAAAUGACUGUAACUUCGAGUACGUGAGCCCAACAAACUGGACGAGGUCACCGAGCUCAUCCCUUGACAAUCCAGACUGUUCUAAGUGGAGCAACGAUCCAAAUGUAUUGUGCUAUGGAUGCCAAUCCUGCAAAGCCGGGCUGCUAGACAACAUCAAGAGUGACUGGAAGAGGGUGGCUGUGCUCAACAUCAUUUUCCUCAUCUUCCUCAUCGUCGUCUACUCUAUUGGAUGCUGUGCUUUUAGGAACAACCGAGAGGACAAUUCUUGGAAGCGUUAUCAUCCUUGAAAACACUCUUUUUAUCAGUUCUAGUGGUUUUUAUUGCGUAUCGUAUAGACUAGAUCGUUUUACUAUGAGUUUAUGCUCUUUCUUGUACAGAGUGUAUUUCUUCUGCUAGACAGUUACUUUGGAUUUUGGAUAUAUGUGAAUUCCUAUUAUCGAAUUUUUCGUUUA